AUGCAGAUUGCCACCAAAGAUAUAAAUUGUCAACCAGGUUGUACUCAAGACUUUGGGCAUCAAGUCACCAAAGACACUGACUUACAGGUUGCCACCAAAGAUAUAAAUUGUCAACCAGCCUCUACUAAAGAAUUUGGGCAUCAAGUCACCAAAGACUCGGACUUACAGGUUGCCAGUAAAGAUAUACAUUGUCAACCAGGUUGUACUCAAGACUUUGGGCAUCAAGUCACCAAAGACACUGACUUACAGGUUGCCACCAAAGAUAUAAAUUGUCAACCAGCCUCUACUAAAGAAUUUGGGCAUCAAGUCACCAAAGACUCGGACUUACAGGUUGCCAGUAAAGAUAUACAUUGUCAACCAGGUUGUACUCAAGACUUUGGGCAUCAAGUCACCAAAGACACUGACUUACAGGUUGCCACCAAAGAUAUAAAUUGUCAACCAGCCUCUACUAAAGAAUUUGGGCAUCAAGUCACCAAAGACUCGGACUUACAGGUUGCCAGUAAAGAUAUAAAUUGUCAACCAGCCUCUACUAAAGAAUUUGGGCAUCAAGUCACCAAAGACUCUGACUUACAGGUUGCCACCAAAGAUAUAAAUUGUCAACCAGCCUCUACUAAAGAAUUUGGGCAUAAAGUCACCAAAGACUCGGACUUACAGGUUGCCAGUAAAGAUAUACAUUGUCAACCAGCUUGUACUCAGGACUCUGGGCAUCAAGUCGCCAAAGACACGGACAUAGAAGAUUUUGGAUUUGCAAAAAUAACUCUGAUCAAAAAGGAUGAUAGUCUUGGAGCGAGUUACCCUUUGGAUGAGGAGGAAUGUGUCAUUGGAAGUGGAAGAGAGUGUGAUAUAAAAAUGUCCCUCAAAAAUGUUGACAAGAUUCAUGCAGUUGUUUCAGUUGAAAGGUCGAAGGCUUACUUAACUAAUUAUAGUAAAAAUUUUCCUGUCAUUGUAAAUGGAGAAGCAGUUGAAAUUGGCCAAGAAUUGAAUAAUGGAGAUAUGCUGGUCAUUGGUGGCAGAAAGUUUCUGUUUAAUUAUGUAGAAAUUGCCACCAAAGAUAUAAAUUGUCAACCAGCCUCUACUCAAGAAUUUGGGCAUCAAGUCACCAAAGACUCGGAUUUACAGGGUAAGGCAUAUAAAAAUAUGUGUCUGAAUGUUUUGUUUGCUGCAGGAAGUGAAAAUUCUAACACUGAUUUUGCAUAA